GAACCCGCCAUUUUCUGCUGGGGCUGGCGGGAAAGGCGGGAAGGGAGCGAGAGCAGCGCGAGCGCCGGCCGGGACUCCCAACGGCUCCAACGGUCGCUGCAGUGAGGGGCGCGAGCCACACACACAGCAGAUUUCUUCCGCACUAAAGACCAUCCAGAAUGGCCCGUACCAAGCAGACCGCUCGUAAAUCCACUGGUGGGAAAGCCCCCCGGAAGCAACUGGCCACCAAAGCAGCCAGGAAAAGUGCGCCCUCCACUGGGGGAGUGAAGAAACCUCAUCGUUACAGGCCUGGCACUGUGGCCCUUCGAGAGAUCCGGCGGUACCAGAAAUCCACUGAGCUGCUGAUUCGCAAACUCCCGUUCCAGCGUCUGGUCCGUGAAAUCGCUCAGGACUUCAAGACGGAUCUGCGGUUCCAGAGUGCUGCCAUCGGAGCCCUGCAGGAAGCCAGUGAGGCUUAUCUCGUGGGUCUCUUUGAAGACACCAACUUGUGUGCAAUCCACGCCAAAAGAGUCACCAUCAUGCCAAAAGACAUCCAGCUGGCACGUCGUAUCCGCGGCGAGCGGGCUUAACUCGUUGGCGGCUGAUAUCCGCUCACACGGUGUAUUAGAGUAGACUCUAGGUUUGUUUUUUUUUCCUACUCCUGUUUGUAGUGGCUAGGACACGGGGAGAUGUUAUAAACCUAUCUUAGUAAGAUGUAAGCGAUCAAGAGAGUUGAAUCCGUUUGUUCAUAAUGUACAAGCAAAAAAAAAAAUUUAGAAAUUUACAAGACUUGGAUUUUUUUGUUUUUGUAAACUUUUUUUCAGAAUUGCAAAAAAAAAUAUAUAAAACAAGGGGGAAACAUUUUUGAAAUAUCUGGUUUUAUACACAAAACUUAAGUAGAUUUAGGCAUAACAUAAGGAGCUUUUGGUCUUCAGUUUGUAAAAAUAUAUCUGCAAAAGAUCACGCUACACUAUAUUUUUCAUUAUUUGAUUUCUUUUUUUCCUUUGUAUUUAGAAUGGGCAUGAUAUUUAAACUUGUUUUCUUAUUUCCAUCUGUCUCGUGAAAUGUGACUUGGACCUUUGUAACUUUCAGGUUUCUUCACCUUGUGGUGGGAACAAAAAAAAGAAAUAAAUGUUGAACAAUAA